AUGGCCUGGCCGGGUCGCGCAGCAGAGGUAACUAGCUUAGGGCGGGGGGCGGCCCCCGGGGGCCGGAGGGAGCCUGGGAAGGGCCCGGGCCGGCGUCCCGGGGAGGGCGGCCGCGCCGGGCCACGGGCUGGACGAGGGGGCCGUGGUGCUGCGCGGGUCGGAGGCGAGCUCGCCGCGACCGGGCCGAGUCGGGGCCCGCGGAGGCGGCUUCGGACCUGGAUCGGAGAGCCAACCCAGCUCCUCAACUGCUCUGCUGACCGCGGCCUCCCUCUUUCCAGAAAGGGUUCUGAAGGAAGCGGUCCAGUCCGCAAAGCCGGCCUAUUUCGGCCCCGCUCCCGCUUCAAGCGGGCCAAUCAGAAAGACGUCCCGACCUUCCACGAGACGGAAGCAAAGCCGGAACAACAAUUUCAGCCACCGGCGGCUGCGGGAAAGGUUUUAACAGUUGCACCGAGUCGGCGGGGCGGAGCCGAGCGCUCAGAAUCCCGACGCCCGGAGGCUGCCAGGGAGCGUGGAAGCGGUCCAGUCCGCAAAGCCGGCCUAUUUCGGCCCCGCUCCCGCUUCAAGCGGGCCAAUCAGAAAGACGUCCCGACCUUCCACGAGACGGAAGCAAAGCCGGAACAACAAUUUCAGCCACCGGCGGCUGCGGGAAAGGUUUUAACAGUUGCACCGAGUCGGCGGGGCGGAGCCGAGCGCUCAGAAUCCCGACGCCCGGAGGCUGCCAGGGAGCGUGGACGAACAUCCACUCUGCGGGAAACUUUCCUGAUGCCCCGGCAUUCUACAGAUGAGGAAACUGAAACUCGGGAACUUCUUACCGGAUUUCCCACGGUGCGCCAGGCCCGAGGCCACAAGAAUGAGGCCGUCCCUGCCCCCAGCAGCCUAAUCACUCUUGGGCGUCCAUUGGAAAAUGCCGGAGGAGACCUUCAGGAUGGCCGAUACCACUAUGAGGGCGCUGUGGUCAUUCUGGAUGCUGGCGCUCAGUACGGGAAAGUCAUCGACAGGAGAGUGAGGGAGCUCUUCGUGCAGUCCGAGAUCUUCCCUUUGGAGACACCAGCUUUCGCCAUCAAAGAGCACGGCUUCCGAGCCAUCAUCAUCUCUGGAGGACCAAACUCUGUGUAUGCAGAAGAUGCUCCCUGGUUUGAUCCAGCAAUCUUCACCAUUGGCAAGCCGGUUCUUGGAAUUUGCUAUGGCAUGCAGAUGAUGAACAAAGUUUUUGGCGGUACUGUGCACAAAAAAAACGUCCGGGAGGACGGAGUCUUCAACAUUAAUGUGGACAACACCUGCUCAUUAUUCAGGGGUCUUCAGAAGGAAGAGAUUGUGUUGCUCACGCAUGGAGACAGUGUAGACAAAGUAGCUGAUGGAUUCAAGGUUGUGGCCCAGUCUGGGAACAUCGUAGCAGGUAUAGCAAAUGAAUCUAAAAAGCUUUAUGGAGUACAAUUCCACCCUGAGGUUGGCCUUACAGAAAAUGGGAAAGCAAUAUUGAAGAAUUUCCUUUAUGAUAUUGCUGGCUGCAGCGGGACCUUCACAGUGCAGAACAGAGAACUGGAGUGCAUUCGAGAGAUCAAGGAACAAGUAGGAACUUCAAAGGUUCUGGUUUUGCUCAGUGGCGGUGUGGACUCCACAGUGUGCACAGCUUUGUUGAAUCGAGCAUUGGACCAAGAUCAAGUCAUUGCUGUGCAUAUUGAUAAUGGUUUCAUGAGGAAGAGGGAGAGCCAAUCUGUGGAAGAGGCGCUCAGAAAACUUGGGAUUCAGGUCAAAGUGGUAAAUGCCGCUCAUUCUUUCUAUAAUGGUACAACAACUUUACCAAUAUCUGAUGAGGACAGGACUCCCCGAAAAAGGAUCAGCAAGACAUUAAACAUGACCACAAGUCCAGAGGAAAAAAGAAAAAUUAUUGGUGACACCUUUGUUAAGAUCGCCAAUGAAGUGAUAGGAGAAAUGAAUCUGAGGCCAGAGGAGGUCUUCCUUGCCCAGGGCACUCUCAGGCCUGAUCUGAUUGAAAGCGCAUCCCUUGUUGCCAGCGGCAAAGCGGAAGUCAUCAAGACUCACCACAACGACACAGAACUCAUCCGGAAGCUGAGGGAGGAGGGAAAAGUAAUAGAACCUCUGAAAGACUUCCAUAAAGAUGAAGUAAGAAUUUUAGGCAGAGAACUUGGGCUCCCUGAAGAACUGGUCUCUAGGCAUCCAUUCCCAGGUCCAGGACUGGCGAUAAGAGUAAUCUGUGCCGAAGAGCCUUACGUCUGUAAAGACUUUCCGGAAACCAACAACAUUCUGAAAAUAGUUGCUGAUUUUUCUGCCAGUGUUAAGAAGCCCCACACGCUGUUACAGAGAGUCAAAGCAUGCACGACGGAGGAGGACCAGGAGAAGCUCAUGCAGAUCACCAGCCUGCACUCGCUCAACGCCUUCCUGCUGCCCAUCAAGACCGUCGGCGUGCAGGGCGACUGUCGCUCCUACAGCUACGUGUGCGGCAUCUCGAGCAAGGACGAGCCGGACUGGGACUCCCUGAUGUUCCUCGCCAGGCUGAUCCCGCGCAUGUGCCACAACAUCAACAGAGUUGUCUAUGUGUUCGGGCCCCCCGUCAAGGAGCCCCCCACGGACGUCACUCCCACCUUCCUGACCACCGGAGUGCUGAGCACGCUGCGGCAGGCGGACUUCGAGGCCCACAGCAUCCUCAGGGAGUCCGGGUACGCCGGGAAGAUCAGCCAGAUGCCCGUGAUCCUGACCCCGCUGCACUUUGACCGGGACCCCCUCCAGAAGCAGCCAUCCUGCCAGAGGUCGGUGGUCAUCCGGACCUUCAUCACGAGCGACUUCAUGACGGGCAUCGCGGCCACCCCCGGCAAUGAGAUUCCCGUGGAGGCCGUGCUGAAGAUGGUGGCCGAGAUCAAGAAGAUCCCCGGCAUCUCGCGGGUCAUGUACGACUUGACGUCGAAGCCCCCCGGCACGACGGAGUGGGAGUAGGAGCUCCCCCGGCCCGGCGCUGUGUGCCCGCCCUUCCGUGACCAGAGACAUUCCCAGGCCGACACACAGCCCGGCCCCCUCCCGGCCGGGGCCUCUCCCGCAGCGGCGGCCUGAGGAUCGGACGGGCGACCCGCCGGGCCCGCGGCCGUGCUCGGACACGCUCAUCCAACUCUUGCCUUUGUGUUCACGCAUUCGUUCUGUUCCGUGUCUUACUGUUGCCGUCCCUGAGCUGCCUCUUCCUCGGGGCCUGCUCGGGGCUCCUCUGGGCUCCGGACACGUCCGGGACUGACCGACGGUCGAGCCUUCGCCUUGCAGGGCGCUCGCCGGCUUCUCCCCUUCUCUGGGCACUCUUCUGUCCAGCCGGCACGGGCGGGGGAGGGCUGGGAGUGGCAGAAGGGAGGGCGCUUUGGGGGGGGUCCCUGAUUCCUGGGGGAGCCCCCCGAGCAGCUCCGGCUUCUCCGCGUAAGAACUUGCCGCGGUCUCCGUUUCCGCUGUGCCGCUCGGGCGUCUCACACUUUUUAAUGCUCACUUUUUCCCCCAAGAAUAAAAGGAGAAAGUAGUUUGU